CACCAAGUUUGGCGCCGGCAUCCCCAAAUCCGCCGCAGCAAUAUUAGCCCACACCAUGUCAUUCACAAUCUCCCAAACCCGGUUAGCACCUCUACACCCCCAUGCGCACUUUAGCCCCUCCCUCCCUCCCAUGUCUAUCCUACGCCGCCUCACCCCUUCCCGCCUAACCCUCCACAACCGCCGCCGCCGCCGCCUCGCAGCCGUCUCCGCCGCCGUACGCCAGGACACCACUCUCUGGACCCCGGCGCCGCUCUCUCAGGUCGAGCCCGCCGCGGAGUCGCUGUUCCACAUCCGCGUGGAUCUCUCCGACGCGCCUGACCUCGCUUCCUCGUACACGCGCGCCGGGCAGUACCUCCAGCUCCGCGUCCCGGAGGUGGAGAAGCCGUCUUUCCUCGCAAUCGCGUCGCCGCCGUCCCUGGCGACGAAGGGCGUGUUUGAGUUCCUGGUGAAGAGCGUGGAGGGGUCGAUUGCGGAGCUGCUCUGCGGGUUGAAGAAGGGCGACGUUGUGGAGCUGACUCAGGCUAUGGGGAAGGGAUUCGAAAUCGAGCGGAUAGAGCCGCCGGAGAGUUUUCCGACGGUUCUGAUUUUCGCAACGGGAUCUGGAAUCAGUCCAAUUAGGUCUCUGAUUGAAUCAGGGUUUAACGCCGAUAAGCGAUCCGACGUGAAGCUCUACUAUGGGGCCAGAAACCUUGACAGAAUGGCCUAUCAGGAUAGAUUUAAAGACUGGGAAGCUUCAGGUGUAAAGAUAGUUCCUGUAUUAUCACAACCACAAGAUGGUUGGACUGGACAAAGCGGUUAUGUACAGGCUGCAUUUUCUAGAGCCAAGCAAGUGUAUAACCCUCUAUCCACCGCUGCUGUUCUCUGUGGGCAGAAACAGAUGGCCGAGGAAGUUAGCUCAAUUCUUUUAUCAGAUGGAGUUGCGAGUGAAAAAAUACUGAAGAACUUCUAACUUAUACAUUGAAAGUCUGCAUUGUUGUACCAUUGUUGAGUAAUAGUUACUGUUAAUUUAUUCCCCACCGCUGAGGAUAAAUUAUCCUGGCCUGGAAUCAGAUAAAUACAUACAAUUUUUGGUGUUCGACGUA